AUUUAAUCCCCGCGACUGCAGCAGCGCCGGCUCCCUCCCGGUCCCCACCUCGGCCCCGGGCUCCGAAGCAGCUCGGGGGCGCCCUUUAGGUCAACGUCGUAGUCCACCCCCUCCCCAUCCCCAGCCCCCGGGGAUUCAGGCUCGCCAGCGCCCAGCCAGGGUGCCGGCCGGGAAGCGCGAUGGGGGCCCCAGUCGCCUUGCUCCUGCUCCUGCUGUUCGCCUGCUGCUGGGCGCCCAGUGGGGCCAACCUCUCCCAGGACGGCUACUGGCAGGAGCAGGAUUUGGAGCUGGGAACUCUGGCUCCACUCGACGAGGCCAUCAGCUCCACAGUCUGGAGCAGCCCUGACAUGCUGGCCAGUCAAGACAGCCAGCCCUGGACAUCUGAUGAAACAGUGGUGGCCGGUGGCACCGUGGUGCUCAAGUGCCAAGUGAAAGAUCACGAGGACUCAUCCCUGCAAUGGUCUAACCCUGCUCAGCAGACUCUCUACUUUGGGGAGAAGAGAGCCCUUCGAGAUAAUCGAAUUCAGCUGGUUACCUCUACUCCCCAUGAGCUCAGCAUCAGCAUCAGCAAUGUGGCCCUGGCAGACGAGGGCGAGUACACCUGCUCAAUCUUCACUAUGCCUGUGCGAACUGCCAAGUCCCUCGUCACUGUGCUAGGAAUUCCACAGAAGCCCAUCAUCACCGGUUAUAAAUCUUCAUUACGGGAAAAGGACACAGCCACCCUAAACUGUCAGUCUUCUGGGAGCAAGCCUGCAGCUCGGCUCACCUGGAGAAAGGGUGACCAAGAACUCCACGGAGAACCAACCCGCAUACAGGAAGAUCCCAAUGGUAAAACCUUCACUGUCAGCAGCUCGGUGACAUUCCAGGUUACCCGGGAGGAUGAUGGGGCGAACAUCGUGUGCUCUGUGAACCAUGAAUCUCUAAAGGGAGCUGACAGAUCCACCUCUCAACGCAUUGAAGUUUUAUACACACCGACUGCGAUGAUUAGGCCAGACCCUCCCCAUCCUCGUGAGGGCCAGAAGCUGUUGCUACACUGUGAGGGUCGUGGCAAUCCAGUCCCCCAGCAGUACCUAUGGGAGAAGGAGGGCAGUGUGCCACCCCUGAAGAUGACCCAAGAGAGUGCCCUGAUCUUCCCCUUCCUCAACAAGAGUGACAGCGGCACCUACGGCUGCACGGCCACCAGCAACAUGGGCAGCUACAAGGCCUACUACACUCUCAACGUUAAUGACCCCAGUCCGGUGCCCUCCUCCUCCAGCACCUACCACGCCAUCAUCGGCGGGAUCGUGGCUUUCAUUGUCUUCCUGCUGCUCAUCAUGCUCAUCUUCCUUGGACAUUACUUGAUCCGGCACAAAGGAACCUACCUGACACAUGAGGCGAAAGGCUCCGACGAUGCCCCAGAUGCGGACACGGCCAUCAUCAAUGCAGAAGGCGGGCAGUCGGGAGGGGACGACAAGAAGGAAUAUUUCAUCUAGGGGCGCCUGCCCACUUCCUGCGCCCCCCCAGGGGCCCCGUGGGGACUGCUGGGGCUAUCACCAACCUGGACUUGUAUAGAGCGACCCCAGGGCCGCCCCUCCCGCUUGCUCCCCAGCCCACCCACCCCCCUGUACAGAAUGUCUGCUUUGGGUGCGGUUUUGUACUCGGUUUGGAAUGGGGAGGGAGGAGGGCGGGGGGGAGGGGAGGGUUGCCCUCAGCCCUUUCCGUGGCUUCUCUGCAUUUGGGUUAUUAUUAUUUUUGUAACAAUCCCAAAUCAAAUCUGUCUCCAGGCUGGAGAGGCAGGAGCCCUGGGGUGAGAAAGGCAAAAAACAAACAAAAAAACAAAACCCUGGAGUGUUAGGAGGAGAGUGAAGGUAGAGGGGUGAGGAAGGGUAAGGGGCAGGGCUGGUUUGGAGCUGGGGGCUCUCACCAACCCUCCUUUCAGCCUCUACAACAGAGCAGCUUCCCAGACUUUUCCAGAAACCCAGAAACGGGAUGAUUGUCGACAAAGGUUGGGAGUGGCUUUUCCUCUGGUAGCCAUGCACCUGAACAUACAAACAAGGAGGCAGGUGCCACCCUGACACCCCUCUUCCAUAGCAAUGGGAAAGUGAUGAGUAGGGGAGUCCUGAGGAGAUGUGGCCUGCAGAAGACACGCAGCCAUGCAAGGACCCAGGAGUUUAACCUGGGGAGGACGCAGGUCCCUGCAAGGAAGAGUAGAUUUGGAGAGGAAGGCAAUGAACAAAGCCAGUCCCUUUCCAUAGGAACUGCCCUUGGAGAUUGCAGAGGGUGGCUGCCCCUCCUUGCUCCAGCAGCUGUGGGAGAGGCACUGCUCUGGGGCCUGCACUGCCUCUGCUUCCCCUGCUGAGGGGCCCCUCACUCUUACCCAAGACUCUGGAUUGUUGCAUGGCAACCACUCCUCCCAUGGCAUUGCUCAGCAACUACUCCUCCCAUCCUGGCCACCCUGUGCCCCCUUCCUGGUCCCAACGCCAGCCCUUAGUCCUUCCUCCCUCAGCAGCCAGGCAGACAUAACAACAAAACUACUAAAAGGAA